GAGGGCCAGCACAGACUGAGCUUUCGGGGUUUGCCGGGCAGUCAACACUGCGUUUUCACACAGCUGGCUAAGGUGACGUGAGCUGCAGAAAGCAUAAGUGAAAAUAAUACUCCCUGGGCACUCACUGAUCACGGACUGUGCAACACGAUGGGUCUCAAAACAGCAAAUGGUGGAGAGAAUGCUGGAGCAGGAGCAAGCCAUCAAACGUGUGUUUGCCCAAGACAAAAGCCGCCGCCCACUCCCCCAGCUGACAUGGCAAGACAUAAGUGUUCUGGAAUCUGUGAACAACGCGCUGAAGCCAGUAGCGGACUUCACAGACAUUCUCUCUGGAGAAAAUUACGUAACGGGUUCACUGCUGCCCAUGUUGGCCCAUUUAGAAGGUGUGCUGGAGGAAUCAGGUAAUGAUUCCAAACUGACAGCCGACCUGAAGCGUGUCAUCCUGGAGCAGAUGGAAGGCAGAUAUGGUGAUGACACCAUCCAGAGGAUGAUGCGUAAAGCAACACUGCUUGACCCAAGGUACCGAGGGGACCAUAUGAAACCUCCCAAACUUCAUUCUACAAAAUCUGAAAUAAUGGAAGAGAUUGUGAGAGAGAUUGCUCUGUCGCUUCCAAGUUCAACACCAGGUCCCUUACAUGCUGGAGAAGAUGGAGAGGAACCGCCACUGUGCCUAAGAAAUAAAAGUCUUUGGGCAGCCUUCUUGCGAAGAGAGCAGCCACCGAACACACCAACCACAGCAGCUCCAGCCACGCUCACUGAUGAGCAAAAGGUCGAGUCAGAAAUGACCACUUACCUGCAGGAAAUGGCCAUCGAUGGGGAAGAGGACCCACUGACUUGGUGGAAAACUAACGAAAAAAGGUUUCCGUUCAUGGCCAGAUUAGCACGGAACUAUCUGUGCAUAUGUGCUACCAGUACUCCAUCAGAGCGGGUCUUCAGCACAGCGGGGAGUGUAGUUACUCCAAUUCGCAGCUUAUUAAAACCAGACAAAGUGAACAUGUUGGUAUUUCUGGCCAGAAACAUCGAAAUUUAA